AAUCCUUUCCCAAAACAAAAUAUCUGAAAACCCUAUCUCUUUUCUUUCCAAGCCACUCUCCCCUCUCACACUUCCCCGAUCCAUCUCCUUCUCUCUCUCCUGCUCAAAACACCAGCAGCUGGGGGCUUCAACUACGACGGCGAGGGGCCAUAUGAGGCUUCAACAACGGUGGAGGUCGACGGGGCUGACAGAGGCUCAACGGGACUGCUGGAGGCUUGACGACGCGGACUCGGAUUCGUUGGUGCAGCUGAAGAGACUGAAGUUGAGAAAAAACAACUGGAGCUCGGAAUCUUAUAGAUUUGAUGAAGUUUUUACAGACACUGCCUCCCAAAGGCGAGUUUACGAAGCGGUUGCCAAGCCUAUAGUUGAGGUAACUCAUCAAGAGACUAAUGACUUCUACAAUAAUUAAUGAAGUAUUGAUUAAUUUUGCAAUUGGUGCUGAAAUUAGCAUAACAAAACAAGUUCUAAAAUAGUGAUUCUAGUAUGUGUAUGUGUUUAUGCUUUGCAUUUUGUCCCCCAUCUGUUUGUUUUUCUAGUUAUUUUUCAAAUGGUUAGUUUGGAGAGUGUACAUUGAGACUGGUUGUUGAUCUCAAAUUUUGUUUCAUGGAAAUUCUGUAACUUAUGGAUAUUUUGUUUUUGUUUUGUAUGAAUUUU